CCGAUGCCAUUGCAGGGUUAGAGAGAAGUCUUUCCUAGCUUGUAAACAGAACAAACAACAAAUGGCUUGCACCGUCGACUUCAGGAAUUUGGAUGAAGGUUUCGGUGGCAAGACCUACAAGAGGAAGAGAUCUGAGCAUACUCUCCUCGGUAAUGCCGUUGAACAAGAUGCAGUUGAUACUUCCAUGGACGUCGACGUCUCAGCCGCCGCUCCUUCUUCCAAGAGACAGGCCGUAUCUUCUUCCGAUAACCCUAACAAGCCUGUAUUUGCUAACCCUACCUACAAUGGCGUGAUCGCCGGUAAGGUCUCUGGUCGAAAGUGGAAACAGCCGCGAACUCGCCGAGCGUCUGCUUGCAAGGUGAGCAUCAAGGGAACGACUGUUGAAGAGAGGAACAGGCAGAAGGAGAUAAAGAAGGCUUACAAGGAGAGGAUGACCGAGUUGAAGGAUGAGAUAAAGAAUAACAAGGCGGAGAAGAGGAGGAGGAGAGAGGAAGGUGAGAAAAGAAAGCAGGAGAAUAUCCUAAGAUCUGGAACCAAGUUCCAGAAGAUCACAAAUCCAAAGACUCUACAGAAGCUUGCGAAAUCAAAGAAGAAGAAGCUUCUUAAGGUCCUUCCUGAUGAUUUGCUCCGCAAGAAGAACUAGAAGAGUAUUCUUCUCUCUAUCUAAUUUCAGUUGUUUUCAAGAAUUUUUCUGUUCAAUUAUCGUAUACUUUUUAAGUGAAUUCUGAACUAUUAUAUAUUAUCCAAGUUUUG